UGGCUCUUCUAGCACCCUGAUCUUGAACUUAGACCUCCUUGCUCACCCCCUUCCUUCUCGCCUCCCCCCCGGGGAGCAGACCACCACGAUCACCAUGGCCCACGUGGACACCCUCCCGGAGUACGAGAAGAGUCAGAUCAAGCGGGCCCUGGAGCUGGGCACCGUCAUGACCGUGUUCAGCUUCCGCAAGUCCACCCCGGAGCGGAGGACCGUGCAGGUGAUCAUGGAGACGCGGCAGGUGGCCUGGAGCAAGACGGCCGACAAGAUCGAGGGCUUCCUGGACAUCAUGGAGAUAAAGGAGAUCCGGCCAGGGAAGAACUCCAAGGAUUUCGAGCGCGCGAAAGCAGUCCGCCAGAAGGACGAGUGCUGCUUCACCAUCCUCUACGGCACCCAGUUUGUGCUCAGCACGCUCAGCCUGGCAGCCGACUCGAAGGAAGAUGCCGCUAAGUGGCUGUCUGGCUUGAAGAUCUUACACCAGGAAGUGAUGAGCGCGUCCACCCCCACCAUCAUCGAGAGUUGGUUGAGAAAGCAGAUUUAUUCUGUGGACCAAACCAGGAGAAACAGCAUCAGCCUCCGGGAGUUGAAGACCAUCUUGCCCCUGGUCAACUUCAAAGUGAGCAGUGCCAAGUUCCUCAAAGAUAAGUUCCUGGAAAUAGGCGCACACAAAGAUGAACUCAGCUUUGAACAGUUCCAUCUCUUCUAUAAAAAACUUAUGUUUGAACAGCAAAAAUCGAUCCUUGACGAAUUCAAAAAGGAUUCUUCUGUGUUCCUCUUGGGCAACACCGACCGGCCGGACGCCUCUGCUGUCCACCUGCACGACUUCCAGCGGUUUCUCUUGCAUGAACAGCAGGAGCUUUGGGCUCAGGAUCUGAGCAAAGUCCGUGAGCGGAUGACGAAGUUUAUUGACGACACCAUGAGGGAAACUGCUGAACCCUUCUUGUUUGUGGAUGAGUUCCUCACGUACCUGUUUUCCCGGGAGAACAGCAUCUGGGACGAGAAGUAUGAUGUGGUGGACAUGCAGGACAUGAACAACCCCUUGUCUCAUUACUGGAUCUCCUCGUCUCACAACACGUACCUCACGGGGGACCAGCUGCGGAGCGAGUCCUCCCCGGAGGCCUACAUCCGCUGCCUGCGGAUGGGCUGCCGCUGCAUUGAGCUGGACUGCUGGGACGGGCCUGACGGCAAGCCCAUCAUCUACCAUGGCUGGACGCGGACCACAAAGAUCAAGUUCGAUGACGUCGUGCAGGCCAUCAAAGACCACGCCUUUGUCACCUCCAGCUUCCCCGUGAUCCUGUCCAUCGAGGAGCACUGCUGUGUGGAGCAGCAGCGCCACAUGGCCCGGGUGUUCAAGGAGGUGCUUGGAGACCUGCUGCUGACCAAGCCCACGGAGGCCAGUGCCGACCAGCUGCCGUCACCCAGCCAGCUGCGUGGGAAGAUCAUAAUCAAGCAUAAGAAGCUGGGCCCCCGAGGCGACGUGGACGUGAACAUGGAGGACAAGAAGGACGCGCACGGGCAGCAGGGCGAGCUGCACAUGUGGGACCCCAUCGACCAGAAAUGGACUCGGCACUACUGUGCCAUUGCUGAUGCUAAGCUCUCCUUCAGCGAUGACAUUGAACAGACUGCGGAAGAGGAGCUGCCACUGGAUGUACCCCCCACGGAGCUGCAUUUUGGGGAGAAGUGGUUCCACAAGAAGGUGGAGAAGAGGACAAGUGCCGAGAAGCUGCUGCAGGAAUACUGCGCCGAGACAGGGGGCAAGGACGGGACCUUCUUGGUGCGGGAGAGCGAGACCUUCCCCAACGACUACACCCUGUCCUUCUGGCGGUCGGGCCGCGUGCAGCACUGCCGGAUCCGCUCCACCAUGGAGGGCGGGACCAUGAAGUACUAUCUGACUGACAACCUCAUGUUCACCAGCAUCUACGCCCUCAUCCAGCACUACCGCGAGACACACCUGCGCUGCGCCGAGUUCGAGCUCCGGCUGACCGACCCCGUGCCCAACCCCAACCCGCACGAGUCCAAGCCGUGGUACUACGACGGGCUGAGCCGCGGAGAAGCGGAGGACAUGCUGAUGCGGGUCCCCCGGGAUGGGGCCUUCCUGAUCCGGAAGCGGGAAGGUACUGACUCCUACGCCAUCACCUUCAGGGCCAGGGGCAAGGUGAAGCACUGUCGCAUCAACCGAGAUGGCCGGCACUUCGUGCUGGGCACCUCCGCCUACUUCGAGAGCCUUGUGGAGCUGGUCAGCUACUACGAGAAGCACGCGCUUUACCGGAAGAUGAAACUGCGCUACCCGGUGACCCCUGAGCUCCUGGAGCGCUACAACAUGGAAAGAGAUAUAAACUCCCUCUAUGACGUCAGCAGGAUGUAUGUGGAUCCCAGUGAAAUCAAUCCUUCAAUGCCUCAGAGAACCGUGAAAGCUCUGUAUGAUUACAGAGCCAAGCAGAGCGAUGAGCUGAGCUUUUGCCGUGGUGCCCUCAUCCACAACGUCUCCAAGGAGCCCGGGGGCUGGUGGAAAGGAGACUAUGGAACCAGAAUCCAGCAGUACUUCCCAUCCAAUUACGUCGAGGACAUUUCACCAAUGGAAGGGGAGGAGGCGGAUAAGCAAAUUAUUGAAGACAAUCCCUUAGGGUCCCUUUGCAGAGGAAUCCUGAAUCUCAACAUCUAUAAUGUUGUAAAAGCCCCACACGGGAAGAACCAGAAGUCUUUCGUCUUUAUCUUGGAGCCCAAGAAGCAGGGCGACCCUCCAGUAGAGUUUGCCACUGACAGCGUGGAGGAGCUGUUUGAGUGGUUCCAGAGCAUCCGGGAGAUCACCUGGAAGAUGGACACCAAGGAGAACAACAUGAAGUACUGGGAGAAGAACCAGUCCAUCGCCAUCGAGCUCUCGGACCUCGUCGUCUACUGCAAGCCGACCAGCAAGACCAAGGACAACCUUGAAAACCCUGACUUCCGAGAGAUCCGCUCCUUCGUGGAGACGAAGGCUGACAGCAUCGUCAGACAGAAGCCCGGCGAUCUCCUGAAAUACAAUCAAAAGGGUCUGACCCGUGUUUACCCCAAAGGACAGCGAGUGGACUCGUCCAACUAUGACCCCUUCCGCCUCUGGCUGUGUGGCUCCCAGAUGGUGGCGCUCAAUUUCCAGACUCCAGACAAGUACAUGCAGAUGAACCAUGCCCUGUUCUCCCUCAACGGGCGGACGGGCUACGUCCUGCAGCCUGAGAGCAUGAGGGCGGAGAAGUACGACCCCCUGCCUCCCGAAUCCCAGAGGAAGAUCCUGAUGACCCUGACGGUCAAGGUCCUGGGGGCCCGUCAUCUCCCCAAACCCGGACGAAGCAUCGCGUGUCCCUUUGUGGAGGUGGAGAUAUGCGGCGCGGAGUAUGACAACAGCAAGUUCAAGACGACAGUUGUGAAUGACAAUGGCCUCAGCCCUGUUUGGACCCCAAUGCAGGAGAAGGUGACGUUUGAGAUUUAUGACCCCAACCUUGCAUUUCUGCGCUUUGUGGUUUAUGAGGAAGAUAUGUUCAGCGAUCCCAACUUUCUGGCCCAUGCCACGUACCCCAUUAAAGGAAUCAAGUCAGGAUUUAGAUCUGUUCCUCUGAAGAAUGGCUACAGUGAAGACAUUGAGCUGGCGUCACUCCUGGUUUUCUGUGAGAUGCGGCCAGUCCUGGAGAGUGAAGAGGAGCUGUAUUCCUCCUGCCGCCAGCUGCGGAGGCGGCAAGAAGAACUGAACAACCAGCUCUUCCUGUACGACACCCACCAGAACCUGCGCAGCGCCAACCGCGAUGCCCUGGUCAGAGAGUUCAACGUCAACGAGAACCAGCUGCAGCUGUACCAGGAGAAGUGCAACCGCAGGUUAAGAGAGAAGAGAGUCAGCAACAGCAAGUUUUACUCAUAGAAGCUGGGAUCCAUGUGUAAGCGUGUCGUGUAUGCGUGUGAGUUUGCUUGGAGGCGCGUGUGCUCUGUUCAGACCCUGGGAACACGCUCACGUGUGAGGUCGUCACUCCCCCAGCCUGUCACCGAGAUGACAUACCUGAAGAUGACCCAGUUGGCAUGAGUCAGGGUAACCUUUUCAUCUUGGACACUUUCUUAACUUACAGUCUCUAAAGAGGAUCCCAAAAUGUGCUCACAUGAGGCCUCUAGUAUUCCAAACCUCCCUGAAUAAAUGCAGUGAAACUCGA